AUGAAUUUGAGUUCACUCAAAAAUCAAAUAACAGAUGUCAAAAAGUCAAACAUAGACAUACAGAAGCAAAUAAGUGAAAACGAAAAGAAACUAGAAUAUGACAGACACACAAAGAAACUCAAUGAGUUAAACGUAGAGAAAAAGAAGAAAGAAGAACAACUGAAAGAACUAAGUACAGAGGAAUAUGCGAAAAAAGUGUCAGAAAAAGCAGCAGAAGUAGCAAAAAUGGAACAAGAUGUCAUAAAUUUGAAAAACCAUACUACUCAAUAUAAAAUACUGAAAGAUGAAGAGAUAAAACAAAAAGCCCUGAAGACAUAUAUGGAUAGCGAUGAGUAUAAAAAAGAAGUUGAAGCAAAUGUAAAGGCAGAAAAACUUUUACAGUUGCAAAACCAAACCGUACAGUAUGAAAACUUAGCACAAGAAAGUAAAAAUAACGACGCAGCCAUGCAAAAGGCAAUGAAAAGCGCAGAAUAUAUAAAAGCUAACAAUGACUGGUUAGAUGCCCAAGCCAACGCUAAAGCAGCCCAACUUAUAGGGUCAAUAAGGACAAAAAUACAAGCGGAUGAAGACAGUUCAAAUGAAGCUUUAACAAAUGCUGACUUUAAGAACGCCUUCGAAGCUCUUCAUAGUAAGGUGAAACAAGUGAACGACUUCUCAUCUGGAAAGAAACUGAAGUCUGAAGGUUUCGACAAAGAGUUAAAAGAAGUAGCACAAAAUAUGACGAAAAUAACAGAUGCAGCAACGAGACAGGCAGUUCAAAGUGCCUAUGACGCCGUUAGAGCAACUGUUGUGAAAAGUCAAGAAAAAGAGUUACAACAGACCAAAACAGACCUAGUAAAUGCUUUCUUAAAAACGAAAAGUCAGGUAGGACAUUACGCUGCAGAUGGAACAUAUGUGCCAGCUGGUGGAACUUAUAUACCACCAAACCCUCCAAGAGAAGCACCUGCACCAGGACUACCUAGAACAUUUACAUC